UAAAAAUUUUGAGUUCGAUCACAAAAUUUUAUUAUCUUGAGUCAGUCAAUUCAAACUUUUGGUUUUUUUUCGUCUAAUCUAAUAAUUUAUUAUUGAUGCUUUAAAAUAAUGGAGACGAGUUGUGGGAACUGUCCUAAAUUGACAACAAUAAGUGAAGUCACACUUGCAAGAUCAUGCGGUGCUACGUCCAUCAUGUUAUUCAUGAGUAUUCUGGAAAUAUUUAUUCGAAAACAGUGUGACCUGGAGGAUCCAUGUCAUCGUAUUAGACCACGUGAAAACCCCAAUUCAAGUUAUGACUAUAUCGUUAUUGGAGCCGGAAGUGCUGGUUCAGUGAUUGCAUCAAGAUUAACAGAGGAUAAGGAUCGUUCGGUUUUGCUGAUAGAAGCAGGAUUAGACGAACCAGCCUGGACGCAAGUACCUUCAUUUUUCUUGAAUCCAAUGCAUACAGACUUGGAUUGGCAGUAUUUGUAUGAGGGCGAUGAAUGUUCAAAUGGAAAUGAGGCAAGAUGUUAUUGGCCAAGGGGAAAGGUUCUUGGAGGUACGAGUGUCUUAAACGCAAUGUUAUACAAUAGAGGAGCACAUCAGGAUUUUAACGAUUGGGAGAGAAUGGGAAAUAAGGGUUGGUCCUACAAUGACGUACUCCCCUUUUUCAGAAGAAGUGAAAAUAAUAUGCAAAUUAAUAAACUUGAUUCUGGUUAUCAUAGUCAAGGGGGACCAGUGUCAGUGUCAUAUUUAAAUUACCUUCCUCCAAUAGGCAACGAUAUUUUAAGAGCAGGACAAGAAUUAGGUUACAAUACUAUUGAUAUUAAUGGGAAAAAUCACACUGGAUUUGCACUUGCCCAAACCACCUCUAACAAUGGCAGUCGAGUAUCAUCAGCUCGGGCAUUUCUUCGACCAGCGAGAAAUCGUGAAAAUCUACACAUUUUAAUUAAUUCGACAGUGAGCAGAAUUCUUUUCGAUGGUAACAAACGAGCGACUGCUGUUGAGAUCUACAGAAAUGGUGAAUUUAUUCGAGUGAAUGUUAAUAAGGAAGUCAUCGUUAGCGGAGGAAUUGUAAAUUCUCCACAAAUACUUCUAAAUAGUGGAAUUGGUCCUAGAGAGGAAUUGGAAGCAUUAGGCGUCUCAGUCAUUCAUGAUUUACCCGGAGUUGGCAAAAAUUUACACGAUCAUUUAAAUUUCCUGCUUAAUUUCUCAAUCAAUGAGACGGCCUACAAUGAUGUCAAUUGGGCAACGGCUGUGGAGUACCUGCUUUAUAGAAAAGGCCCCCUUAGUGGCAUAGGACUUCUCACAGUCGCUGGAUUUAUAAAUUCAAGAUUCGCCCAGGCCCAAGAUGAUCAUCCAGAUAUACAAUUAGUUUUUGGUGGUUAUCUGGCAAAUUGUGCUCAAAAUGGAGAGAUUUACAAUAAUUCUCCUGGAAGACGACAAAUUGCCUUUGGGCCAAUAGUUGUACGUCCAAGAAGUAAAGGCCACGUGAGCUUGAGAAAUAACGAUCCACUAUCGAAACCUCUAAUUUAUCCCAGAUAUUUAUCUCAUCCUGAUGACAUUACUAUUAUGAUGGAUGGAAUUAAAUUCGUUCUACAAUUGGCUAAAGCAAAAGUCUUAAAAAAAUACGAUUUACAAUUGGAGAUGACUCCAGCGAAAAAUUGCCAACAUUUGGAAUUUGGAAGUGAUUCCUAUUGGGAGUGUGCAAUAAGAGAGACUAAAAAUCCAGGUUAUCAUCAGGCUGGCUCUUGUAAAAUGGGUUCCGAUACUGAUCCACUUGCUGUUGUUGAUCAUUUACUCAGAGUAAGAGGUAUCCAAAAUGUCAGAGUUGCGGAUGCUAGUAUUAUGCCUCAAGUUACUUCAUCAAAUCCAAAUGCCGCUACAAUGAUGAUUGGCGAAAGAGCUGCGGAUUUUAUAAGAAAAUUUACAAUUUAGAAAUCUAUCAUUACUAAUUUUUUCAGAAAACUGAAAAGUUCCUCAAGUAUCACCUUGAGAAAUCAAGAAGCUAACCGCGCAUUCAGAAUUUGUAAUUCAUUUUCUUUAGCCUUUUGAAUUAAUGUGCCAACAGGAACAAUAUUAUUUCACACAGUGUUAAAAUAAUCUUCAUUUAUAAUUCUACACCGAAAAUUAAAUAAUUGUUACAAAAAAAUAUUCCCUCGAAAAAAAUUAAAUCGAAUAAAAAUAC